CAGCAGAACAGGAUGAAAAAGUUCAUAUCAAAGUUUGAAACGAAAAAUGAACCCACAUCCACCACGAGCAGCAGCAGCAGCCGGGAAACGAACAGUUUCGUCGGCAAAACGUUUAAACUAAGCAAGGAAAACGUCGUUACCGUGGAGGAGGUACUGGCCGAGGGUGGUUUCGCUGUCGUGUUUCUAGUCAAAGGUGCGAAAGGCGAACGGUACGCACUGAAGCGGCUGUACGUGAACAAUGAGUACGAUUUGGGUGUGUGCAAUCGGGAGAUAAAGAUAGCGAGCAAUCUUAGUGGACAUAAGAACAUCAUCGGCUACAUUGACCACAGCAUCAAUGCGAAAGGUAACGGUGUGCACGAGAUACUGCUGCUGAUGCCGUACUGCAAGACGAAUCUGCUUACGCUGAUGAACGGGCGGCUUAGUACGGGCUUUAGCGAGCCGGAAGUGAUGCAAAUAUUUUGUGACGUUGCGGAAGCGGUCGCUCGGUUGCACCAAUGCCAGACACCCAUAAUACAUCGGGAUUUAAAGGUGGAAAACAUCCUGCAAAACGAUCAGGGACACUUUGUGCUAUGUGAUUUCGGUUCUGCUACGGCACGGGUGCUUAAUCCAACGAGCCAUGGGCGUACGAUGGUGGAGGAAGAGAUCCAGAAGUACACGACGCUUUCGUACCGUGCGCCGGAAAUGAUCGAUCUAUUUAAUGGGCAGGACAUUACGGUAAAGGCGGACAUAUGGGCGCUCGGUUGCUUGCUGUACAAGGUGUGUUUCUUUACGCUGCCGUUCGGGGAAAGUGCACUCGCGAUACAGAGUGGUCAGUUUAGCAUACCGGACAGUUCGAAGUAUUCGCGGUCCGUACAUCAGCUGAUACGCUACAUGCUCGAGCCGGAUGUGGAAAAGCGACCAAACAUUUAUCAAGUGUGUGAGAUUGCUUUUGGCAUCGCUGGUAGGACGAACCCGGUACGAAACCUGACGAAAUGUAGCGUACCACCGCUGGAAAGUCUAACGGUGCCACCGUUUGAAUCGGAAACGAAACGAUUACCGCCGAUCGGUGGUACAGUUGGGCAGGCUGGAUCUACAUCGAAAUCAUCCGCCAGCAAAUCAUCCGGUCAGCUACCACUGCUCGAGGGAGGAGGUACCAGUGUUGCGCCACGCCAGCGUCCAAAAGCUUCACAGGCGGCCACGCCAAACAUGGGUGUGAGCAGUUUCGCGCUCGGUUUGCCACCGAAUCCGUCGCCGAAAAAUAUUCUUUCAUCACCAACGCCUGGUAUGGUGCCGGCGGUGGCACCAAGUGCUGCGGAUGCACCGGCGGAAGCGUUUGUUGCCAAGUUUGCGGCUAACUUUCCACCCGCCACCGGUAAUGUACCGGCUACGAUCGAUCCAUCGACUUCGGCAGGAAUAACGACGUUGGAUGGAACAUUACCCUCGUCACAACCCGUUGCUGUGGCCGCAUUGUUUCAGACGACGUAUCCGGAUCCGUUCCGGGAGGCGGAACUAACACCCAUUCCUCCAGCCAGCGGAGUGGAUGUUCCGAUACCCGGUGGAUCUGCCCACAACUCGUCAUCCUCUUCCCUAUCGAUGAUACACUCGCCAAGUCACGCAGCGAAUCAACCGGCCAUUCCCGGUCCGUCCAACAAUGCGCCACAAACACCCACCCUCGGUGGAUCAAACUCCUCCUCCUCGAGCAUCUUAGCACCACCAAAGCCUUCGGGUCACCGACGGAAUGUAAGCGAUACGUCUGCCUUUAACAAAGCUUUCGCUUCGGAAACUUCCCAAUUUUUGGCCCCGUUUGGCGAUCAGGCAAGCAACAAGUCCGCCAGUCCGCCUGGAAAUGGGUCCAACAGUUCGCUCCACAAACAACAACCAAUUCCAGCCAGUUUAGCGUCCAGUUCCAACCCGCAGCUGUAUCAGCAGCAGCAACGGUCCACCUCGUCGGUCGGUUCUGCCAACUCCAACUGGAACCCGUUCGGUGAUCCAACGCCAUUCGCGCAGAUGACCGAGGAUCACAUUUUCGGCGAAGAGUUUGAUAAAAUUCGCGAGCAAGGUAGUCAGGGUAGCUUAAAAACGCCACCGGAAGUUCCACGACACUCGUCGCUACCGCUCAUACAGACGGUCGCCACGGUACCGACGUCCGUUCCACCGCAAACGGCUGCCCCAUUCUCACCGGAAAACAUCCCUGACACGCUGCUCGGCGAAGAUGACGAUGAUGAUGAUCCGUUCAGUUCGGCACCCUUCACGUUGCCGGUCCGCACCGACAAGAGCAAAUCCUUUAAACUGUCCUCACGCAAAGUGUUCGUCAUCGAUGGUGGCUUUAGUACGCAGCUUGCCGAGCAUAUCGGUGCAAAGCUGGAUAAGGAUCCACUCUGGACGUCACGGUUCAACGCAACCAAUCCCGGUGCUGUGCUGGAAACGCACCUGGACUAUUUAAAAGCGGGCGCCGACUGCAUACUGACCAACACGUACCAAGCGUCCAUCGAGGGUUAUAUGGAUUUUCUCGAUCUCAACGAGGAUGAAUCGGUGCAGCUGAUCAAAGCAAGCGUUGAGCUGGCGCGACGUGCGCGAACACGCUAUCUAGCCGAAAAGAAGCUCGUUAACAAAUCGCACAAGAUUCCUUGGGUAGUCGGUUCGGUUGGACCGUACGGUGCGCAUCUGCACGAUGGGUCCGAAUAUACGGGUGCGUACGCGGAUCAUGUCCCAGCGAAUCGGUUGCAAAAAUGGCACCGACCGCGAAUCAACGCGAUUGUGGAGGCCGGUGUGGAUGCGCUCGCACUCGAAACGAUACCGUGCCGGAUGGAGGCGGAAGCGCUGCUCGAUCUACUUGCGGCCGAACAUCCGACAGUACGGUUUUGGAUCUCGUUCCAGUGUCGGGAUGGGGCGACACUCGCACACGGGGAGCCUUUUGCCGAAACGGUGAUCGCUCUAUGGAAUCGGGCAAAGCAACAGCUGGCCAACCCGAAUCUGUUAGCGAUCGGUGUGAAUUGUGUUAAUCCUCAACAUGUGUUGCCACUGUUACGGUCCGUGCAGGAGCAGCAGCUUUCGGUGGGAACGCCACUACCAUCGGCAGACGAUACCGGCCGCAUACCGCUUAUCGUGUAUCCGAACUCUGGCGAACAGUGGGACGCGGUGGGUGGAUGUUGGCGAGGUGCGGAAAAUCUUACCCCACUCGAAACGUACCUCCCGCAGUGGGUGGAAAUGGGCGUCAAGUUCGUUGGUGGCUGCUGCCGUACGAAUGCGCGAGACAUCAAGCGGAUGAAGAAAACCGUUAUCGGGCUGUAUGGGAGUCGAAGUGGUGACAACUAG